UUGUCGAAAGUGCUCGACAACGACCAGCCAAAAGAAGAAUCUCGUCUGGCGGCAGGAAGAGUCUGUAUCAGAAGCUCCAUGAGCUGUACAUUGAAGAAUGUGAAAAAGAACCAGAGUUCAAGAAUCUGAGAAGAAAUGUGAAUCUACUAGAAAAGCUGGUGUCUCAGGAGUCUGUAUCAUGUCUGGUGGUCAACCUGUACCCUGGGAAUGAAGGCUAUUCGUUAAUGCUCAGGGGCAAAAAUGGAUCUGACUCUGAAACCAUCCGUCUGCCAUAUGAAGAAAGAGAGCUCUUGGAGUACCUGGAUGCUGAGGAGUUACCUCCUAUUCUGGUGGAUCUGUUGGAAAAAUCACAGGUGAACAUCUUCCACUGUGGCUGUGUAAUAGUAGAGGUGAGAGACUACAGGCAAGCUGGUAAUACAAAGAUUCCAACCUAUCAGAGCAGGCACAUUCUUCUGCGGCCAACCAUGCAGACUCUAAUCUGUGACGUACAUGCCAUGACCGGUGACCACCACAAGUGGACACAGGAUGAUAAAUUGCAGCUGGAGAGUCAGUUGAUUUUGGCCACAGCUGAACCUCUGUGCCUGGAUCCCUCCAUUUCUGUCACUUGCACAGCCAACCGUCUGCUCUACAACAAACAGAAAAUGAACACUCGCGCGAUGAAACGGUGUUUCAAGAGGCACUCCCGGGCAGCUCUGAACAGGCAGCAGGAAUUGUCCCAUCUGCCGGUGCCACCGCAGCUACGACUCUACGACUAUCUACAGAAGAGGAAGGAAAGGAAACCUGCUCCUGUCAUAGAGCUAAAAAUCUCAAAGGUCGGAAACUGUGUUGACAUGUGGAAGCAGAACAACUGCCAGCUAACUGUACCGAAGGAGAUUGAUGUGGAAAAGUACGCCGUGGUUGAGAAAUCUUUGCAGUUGGAAGACUCUCAGCCCACCACUGUGAUCUGGCCUGCUGAAGUCUGCGAAGUUAUAGAUGACUACACAUUUGAAUGUGAAGUGGGAGGUCAAGCUCAGAAGACCAAGGUGUCCAUCUUCCAGUCGAUGGGAGACCCGCUGGUGUACGGGAAGAUCUACUCUGCUAAAGAAACGAAAGCAGAGGAGGACAGCAAAGAUCUAAAGCUUAUACAUCCGACUUUCCUCAUAGGGUCAAAGAUUGAUGCAGAAAGGUUUCUUACUCAGUACAAAGGGGUCUAUGAGAAAGAUGUGAAGUGUGAGGUCAGGAUGUCCCAUAACUCAGGCAACGUGGGACAGGGGCCUCCCUCCCCUAGCAAAGAUGAGGGUGAUGGUAUUUCUCCUCUGGUACAGACGUCUGUAUUAGGAAAAGGGGUGAAGCAUCGACCCCCUCCCAUAAAACUGCCUUCAGGAUCGGGCAGCAGCUCCUCAGGUAAUCCGUAUAGUUCGCAAACCACAAGUGGUCUACUAAAGUGUCCUACGCCACCACCUCCAGCCAAAAGCCAGUCUCUUAGCAGGAAGCACUCCAUGGAGCUGGGCCAGGUGGGCCUGCUGUCACCUGCCUCCCUCUCCCCAAUGGGCUCCACACAGAGAUCAGGAACCCCCAAGCCUUCUACUCCCACACCCACCAACACACCAUGCUCAACCCCUCAUCCUAUUGACUCGCUAUCCACCCCCCUCUCACUGACCCCUACCCCUUCGGAUCCUGCCAUGGUUCAGGGCCAGUCACAAGCUCCCCUGCUCACACCUUUCGCCCAGCAGCAGUUGGCUCUUACCCAGCCUCUGCCUGUCAUGUCCAUCCCCCUUCCCACCAUGGGCACAUCAAUCACCACGGGAUCCACCUCUUCACAAGUCAUGGCAAACCCAGCAGGGCUCAACUUCAUAAAUGUGGUCAGCUCUGUCUGCAGUCCCCAGACUUUGAUGAGUGGCUCCAACCCCAUGCUGGGUCCAAGUCUUAAUCUGAGCGGAAUCCUGCCACCUGGAGGAUUGAUGUCCACCAUGCAGUCUGCAGCCCAGACUGGGAGUCCUUUUGGACUGAACAACAGUGCUGGCCUCCGACCACUGAACCUAUUACAGAUCCCCACUGGUCCUUACAUCUUUAACUCUCUGCAGCAGCAGCAGCUGUCCCAGUUCUCCCCACAGCAGAGUCAGUCAGCUACAACCAGUCCUCAACAGCAGGGGGAGACGAGUGACCAAGGGUCGGAUCAGAGUUUAGGAAACCAGCAAACGGCUGUCAUCAAUCUCGGGGUUGGAGGCUUCAUGUCUCCACAAGCAGCAGUUGCAAUUCUUGCAGCACCAAAUGCAGCAACAGCAGCAGCAAAUGGCUAUGGGAGCAGCGGUUCCUCAGGUGGGAGCACCACGGCAACAUACCGGCAGUCAGCCAAGAAGUAAGAGGAAGAGGAGCACGCCACAGCCCCUCUCAAAGUCAUAACAGACAGAAAUCACGCUAAAACCUUUCCUCACACAAAAGGACAUGAUCUAUACUGUGCUGUUUGUCUGCUUCACUUUUAAGACAGCAGGCGAAAAUAAAGACUUUUUCUAGCUGAUAAA